CUCAACCCUUCAACAAACUCACACUCUGCUUCCAUAUCUGUAAAUACUAGUUUUUAAACUCAUGGAUUAUUACCACCUCCUGCUGCUGUGGACCUGCAGCCUCCUGCCAGAUCUUCACUGCUGCUUCAAUUUCGACACAAAGAACUUCAAGAUCUUCUCUGGAUCUAAAGGAACCCAGUUUGGCUACACAGUCCAGCAGCAUGAAGUGGGAGGACGCAAGUGGUUGCUGGUUGGAGCUCCCUUUCAAUAUACAGGGAAGCAGCAGACGGGUGAUGUUUACAGGUGUCCUCUGGAGAUGAGAAGUUCUGCAAACUGCAGCCGACUCAACCUGGGGAAACUUUCUCUGGAUAAUGUGUCAGAAAGGAAGGACAGUAUGAGGCUGGGAAUGACGCUGACCUCCAACCCCAGAGACAACAGCUUUGUGACCUGUGGACCGUUAUGGUCUCAUGAAUGUGGGAGUUCUCUGUACAGCACAGGAAUCUGCGCCAGAGUGGGACGGAACUUCAAACUGUCCCACACCCUCGCUCCAGCCCUGCAGAGGUGUGAGACGUUCAUGGACAUCGUAAUAGUUCUGGAUGGUUCUAACUCCAUCUACCCCUGGUAUGAGGUCCAGGACUUCCUUAUCACCAUCCUGCAGAAGUUCUACAUCGGCCCAGGUCAGACACAGGUGGGUGUGGUGCAGUAUGGAUCCACGGUGGUCCAUGAGUUCAGCCUGGGGGAGUACCAGACGGUGGAGGACGUGGUGGAGGCCGCCAGAAGCAUCGACCAACGAGGUGGAGAGGAAACACGGACAGCACUGGGCAUCAACGUGGCACGGUCGGAGGCGUUCAAACGAGGCGGCCGACCCGGUGCUAAGAAGGUGAUGAUUGUGAUCACAGACGGAGAAUCUCAUGACAGUCCACAGCUGCAGCAGGCAGUCGCCAACAGUGAGAGAGACAACAUCACCAUGUACGCCAUCGCUGUUCUGGGUUAUUACAACCGGCGAGGAAUCAACCCUGAAGCUUUCCUGAAAGAAAUCAAAUUUAUUGCCAGUGACCCUGAUGAGAAUCACUUUUUCAAUGUGUCAGAUGAGUCAGCACUGAAGGAUAUUGUGGACGCUUUGGGAGAGAGGAUCUUCACUCUGGAAGGAACCAGCAGUCAGGGUCGAGGGUUUAAUCUGCAGAUGGCUCAGGCUGGUUUCUCCUCACAUAUCGUCAAAGACGGUAUUCUUCUUGGGGCGGUGGGUGCUUACGACUGGAAUGGCGCUGUGCUAAAAGAGACUAAACAUGGCAAAGUCGUUCCACCAAAAUCGUCAUACAAAGACGAGUUUCCAGAAGAGCUGAAGAACCACGGAGCCUAUCUAGGUUACUCCGUGGGCUCACUUAUUUCGUCUCGUGGCUCCCAGCUCUACGUGGCAGGAGCACCGAGGUUCAACCACACUGGCAAAGUCAUUGUGUUCACACUGAAAAACACUGGAAACCUGACCAUCCUGCAGGCGUUACUGGGACAGCAGAUUGGGUCUUAUUUUGGGAGUGAGUUGCUGUCGAUGGAUGUAGACAAUGACGGACACACAGAUGUUCUCCUGGUGGCAGCUCCCAUGUACCUCAGCCAAGGCUGGGAGAGAGGGAAGGUCUACAUCUACACUGUCACACCACAGACGUCCUUUGUCCUGCAGGGGGCGCUGGAAGUUUCUAACCGUACUCAGAACUCUCGACUGGGCUCAGCGAUGGCCCAGAUACCUGACAUGAAUGGAGACAGGUUCAGGGAGUUAGUCGUAGGAGCACCGCUAGAGGACGACCACCAGGGGGCGGUCUACGUGUUUUAUGGCCAGGACAAAACCGUCCAGCGCCAGUACAGACAGCGUGUGUCUGCGGCGGGUUUUUCUGCAGGUUUGCAGUAUUUCGGUCAGAGUCUUCAUGGCGUUUUGGAUGUCAAUGCAGACGGGCUGGUUGACCUCGCAGUGGGAGCUCUGGGAGCUGCCGUCAUCAUCUGGUCACGUGGUGUGGUACGGAUUCAGACCAAGCUGACCUUUGAACCUGAAAAGGUCAACAUAUUUAACAAGGACUGUCGUCGAGGAGGGAAGGAGGUCACCUGCAUGUCGGUAACAGUCUGUCUGAGUCUGGACUCCAGGACAAACAACAGGACCGACACCAGAACAGACAUGGCUGCUUGGUUCAGUCUGGUGUUGGAUGAAAGACGCUUUCCUCCUCGCGCUCUCUUGGAUGAAUCAGGCCGACAGCAACCCAGGAAUCUGUUUCUUCGGGCUGGACGUCAGAACUGUCAGCGCCUUGGCUUCUUCGUCCAGGAGACAAUGGAUUAUGGGCGUCCCAUUGCAGUUGUCUUGGAAACAGGGUUGCAAAACAAAGAUGAGGGACCGGUUUUGGACCCAGAUUGGCCGAGCACUUUGAGAGUCGAGCUUCCAUUCUGGAAUGGCUGUGAGCAGGAAGACACCUGCACCCCAGACCUGAUUCUCCACAGCCAAACCGACCUCAUGAAUAUUCAACAGUUCUGCAGCUCUGGGGAGCGUGCUGCCUGGUCACUGUGUGGCCAAAAGGGGGCGUCUGAGGGCCUGGGGUACGUGGUGGAGAGCAGCCGCAGGAGGAUGGUAGUGUUUGCCCGAUUGGAGAACCGGGGAGAGAACGCAUACGGAGCUACUAUCAAUAUCUCCACCUCCUCCAACCUCAUCUUCUCCAGCCUCAUCGUAAAGGACCAAUCAGAUAUUCAGAUUGAAUGCUCCUCUGAGGACAGACUGGCCACUAGGAGGAGCUGUAACAUCAGUGCUCCCUUCAUGAAGUCCUUAUCCCAGGUAUCUUUCCAUCUGGAGUUUGAGUUUAGUCGAUCCAUCUUUCUGGACCACUUGCGGGUUGUCAUGGCAACCACCAGUGAGGGAGAGGAGGGCUAUCCUGACGACAACAUCAACGACAUCUUCCUCCCUCUGAAGUACCAAACCGAUCUCCUCUUCAUCAGAGACCCUAACCCUCCUCGCUUUGAAAUCAAAGCCGACUCCUCCUCUUCAUCCUCUUCAUCUUGGGAUCAAACAGAAAACAGCUUCAACCUCACUUAUCAUAUCCAGAACCUGGGCAUCUUCUCUGUGCAGGAUUUGCUGUUCACGGCCGACAUCUGGGCCAUAACUCAACAGGGGAACCAGCUGGUCAACAUCACAGACUACACCAUCGACCAGGUAGCAGGGUCCUGCACCCUGCCUCAGUUUACAUCAACCAGUCAGGUCACACCUGAGGACCUGACUCACCUUUCCCAGCUGAAUCAGAGUAACAGUAUGAGCUUGGCAGUCCAGUGCAGGCUGACUGUGCCAGCCUCCAGAGAACUGAAGGUGAUCAUCAGAGGAAGACUUCAGCGUCCUGCUCUGCUCGCUGUGAACUUCAAGAACUUAGAGCUGUUGACUGCUGCGUCCAUUCAACUGAAGACAUCCAGUCCCAUGUUCCUGCAGGAGGACAGUCCCAUCCGACAGAUAAUCCUGGAGCUCAGGAAAGAGGAGGAUUACACCAUCCCAGUGUGGAUUAUUCUGGGAAGCUCUCUGGGAGGUCUGCUGCUCCUGGCAUUACUGGUCCUGGCCCUGUGGAAGCUCGGUUUCUUCAACAGACGGAGACGACAGGAAGAGGAAGAGCAGCCUGUGGCCAACGGGAAAUCAACGGAGGAGCUAUAAUGGCGCUGCAAUGUGGAUAAUGGUGUUAAGACGGUCUGGAACAAUACCUAAGGCGUGGUGCAGACUAACAGUGGAAACAUGCUGUAGCAGCCUGUCAGGGGUUAAUUUACCCUUAAUCUGGCAAAUACAAUUCAGAAAUAUGCAACUUUGUGACAUAAUAAGGGUCAUGGAAAUGUAUCACAUGCCUUCACCUGUCACUCAGGGACCCUGAUGCCCCGCCCCGCAGCCGUUUCCAGCCAUCAUUAGCUUAAACCAAUAAGCCACAGCUGUAAAUACGAGACCACGCCUUCUGUGAAAUGAGCUGUUAACCAUAUGAAGGUCUAGCUGCAGAAAAAAUAACAUGUACGGUGAGGAAUUACUUUUCCUUUGGUGAAACUUGCACGUGUGGCUAAAGGUCAGAAGUGACCAAAACAGUGGGAAAUGUUGCAAACAUACACCGAUCAGCCAUAAUAUUCUGACUACUGACAUGGAAGUGGUAAUAAUAUUGAUUAUUUCAUUACAUUGGUCUGUUUUACUGGGUUUAAUAUAUUA